AUGGAGAAAUUCGAUCAAGUUCAACAGGCAAUUGAGCUCUUAGAACAAGACGAGAAGAAAGCCGACGAGGAACGAUCGAUCAUGGAGUCCAGAUAUUACCAAACUAGAGCGCUCAUUAACAAACUGUUGGAGAAAAAAGAAGAGGACAUCAAAGCAAAAAGUCAACCGGUGUACAAACUCACAAAAUUAGAGCUUCCGACAUACAGCGGUGACAUACGCGAGUGGCCUGCGUUUAAAAACCUGUUCCAGUGUGCCAUGGACGGAGGAAACGUGCCGGAGCUGCAACGCAUGCAGUAUCUGAAGACCUGCUUGAAGGGCGAAGCUGCGGGUUUGAUUAACUCUCUUCUGAUUCUCGACGGAAAUUUCGGUAAAGCUAUGAGUAUACUAGAAAACAGAUUCUGUCCAAUCUAUGCCGACGCCACCAGCCCCGGAGUAUUCCCCGCAUCCAACACCAUUGCCAAGGGCAACAAAUAA